AUGCCAAAUCCAUAUUUGGGAAAUGAUGAUGCGGCUCGCUAUGUAGAGUACUAUGCCUCCCCUCGUAUGCAGAGAGACUCCGUCCGGCGGCUUUACAACACCGGCAUGGAGCGUCGCCGUGAGUCGCUGCGUCGGGCGGAAGAGGCAUUAUACCCAACCAGGCCAACCACUUAUCGUUCACAGAAACAUAUAGAGGAUUACGUGAAUGAGAUGGUCUAUGCAGAGAUGUUUCGGCGUCAGAAGAAACUUGCAGAGUUGGAAUGGGAUUUAUACAAACCUUCACCAACGCGGUAUCUAACAGGUAGAGAACUUGAGGUACAUGUACAACACAUGUAUGAUCAACAAAUACGACGCAAACAACGGAGAGAACGAGAAUUAAAACUUCGUAUGGGGAUUAUAAACUCUGAAGGUGAUGAAAUAUCAGUAAAGCAACACCGUACUGUACAGGAACGGGAUAAAAACCGAGAACUUGAAGAGAAUUGGCGUCCACCAUCAGCGCAUAUAAAGUAUAAUGAUGGUGAACAGUUAUUAGUGUCGGAGUUGGCUGCUAUUCACUGUGAAAGGGCUGUCCCGACGUCAUUUUCUUCUAAUACGACUACUCCGGUACGAACACCAAGUCGUCAUGUUGAUCCCGGGCGUCUAGAGUUACUUGCAAAACCGCUGCGAGUAACGCCAAAAGUUCGUAAAGAAGAUCCAUUAAUACCUCCAUUUCGCGUAUUCGGAGAUGUCCCGAAGUCGCGUGUGAAUAGACGAAGAAGCACCUCUGUGUCCUUUUGA